UCGCCGCCGCCGCCGCCGACCGGCUUCAUGCCCGGCCCAGCCCGCCGCCGCCGCCGCCGCCGCCCGCCCGGCCUCCGUAGGCACUUCCUGUUUGUUUGAAGAAGCAAUCUUUAUUGAUGCCCCUCGUGGACAAGCACAGUGCACUUCUCCGCAGAGGCCGCGUGGGGGCGCGAGAGGCCGCGGGGAGAGGCACUCGCACAGCCUGCGCGCGAGGUUUGACUUCGGGCCGGGAAGGAAGGGGCGGGUUUCAGCGGCGGCCCGGCGGUCCCGCGCCUGGUGGUCCUCCCCUGGUGGCCGCUCGGACCCGUCCCUCUCGGUUCCCCUCUCCGGUUAGCAGCCUCGCGCCGCCGAGACCGCCGCAAGGGGUGCCUAUGUCUGGUUCCGUUGGGCUCCACCGCUCACUCCCUCCACCGCACCACGAGGGGCCGAGCGAUGCGGGUCCCCGGCGCCACGCGGUGCUGGGGUCCCCGGCGGUGCUGAGUGACAGACGGCAGGCUGCCCUGCGAGUCCAUCCCUCUCUUCUCCUGGGAUUUAGGAACCCGCCAGGACGGGCGAGUGGUCGGGAGGCCAGUCGCGCCCCGCCAACUCCUGCUCGCGGGUCGCAGGGUCAAGGCCACUCUCCUGGAGCGGACCACCUGGCCCCGCAGGAUUUCAUUGGCUUACAAAAGGGAGAUUAGAAGACUUGCUUUCUCAACCCUCCCACAUCUAAAGAUGCUGGAAAAGAUGACCGUGGCAUCAGUACCAGAGAAUUCUCUCACUUGGGUAAAGAAGAAUCUGAGGGAAACUGCAAA